ACCAUAAGGUUCCCUUAUGGGUGGAUUGAGAAUAUUAAGGUGCUGGUGUAAAAGAUGAGGCUGAAUGAGAGCCGGACAAAAUCCUUCCAGGCUCCUGUCACCAUCCAUAGUUACCCGGGCAGGCAGGUGUAUGUGUUUCCCAAUGGCCGAUCUGAUUCAGAAGAGUCAUCAGAGGAGGAACUCAACGUUAUGGAAUUGCGACCAAGGGGCAAGGAGCAGCAGCGAUGCAGCACUUCUCGGGACAGAGUUGGCGAUGUGGUACUUCUGGAACGAGAGAUUACGGAGGAUGAUAAUCUUAACAAGCUAGCCCUGCAGUAUGGUUGUAAAGUUGCAGAUAUCAAACGCGUCAACAACUUCAUCCGGGAGCAGGACUUGUAUGCACUGAAGUCCAUCAAGAUCCCCGUGAAGACCCAUGGGCUGUUAACGGAGCAUGGCAGAGAACUAAGGCCGCUCCCGACGGGGCCCUCCCAGACCGGCCUGACGCUGGUGGACUUACCGGAGCCUGAUGACGGUGCGAGCAGCUCUGCUGACGGCAGGCACCUGAGCGACUACUUCAAGGGGAUUGACAAGAGCAUUCAGGACGCGGUGCAGGUGGAGGUCCAGCUAAACGCAGAGUAUUGCAUGGAAGCACUGGAGAGGCCGCAGCCCGAGCCAGGGAAGCAGGAGACCAGUAACGGUGCAGACUGUGGAAUCCAGUGGUGGAACGCAGUUUUUAUUAUGCUCCUGAUAGGAAUUGUACUGCCAGUAUUUUAUAUCAUCUAUUUUAAAACACAAGGCCUGGUGGCCCAUACCUCCAACACAACACUAACCUCAAAUAUUUCAACGGAUGGAUUGGAAGGGAGAUUACCACAAAGCUCAGUUGUAAAAAAAAAUCCUAAGGGGAAGAGGCAGCCAAAUACAGCCUCUCCUCCCGGCACUGAAGCCCGUACGCCAGUGACUCUGACUCGAGUGCAUUCAAGGGGAUAACAAUACAGAUUAUUUUUAUUUUUUUUAAGUAGCUGAUGUUGUAAUCCUGAACUUGACUGAAAGUGAGGUGAUGUGAUUUUAUGGAAGAAUAAGGGUGCUUUGUUGCUUAUAAAGACCAUCAGGCAGCUGGCUUAACGUUGGUGAACUCUGUUGAGGGAAAGUUAUUUUGUAGCGAUCGACUCAUCUUGGUUGCUUCAGGUAUUUAUUAAUGCCUUGUCUAAGAAGCGAAUCCUUUGCUGCCGAGCUAAAGAGUGCAGUAUUAACGUGAUUGGAAAGUUUGGGGGUUGUUUGCAUUUUAAGAAAACACUUCUUGCCUAGAGUAGAAGCGGGGGCUCUUCUUUUUCUCUGAACUGUCAUUUUUAUCUCUUGCAGACCAUGGCAGUGUUGGCAUACUUAACCCUAAAAUGGUGACUUCUGGUGGGUUAAGCUAGGUGUGCUGCGGCACGAGGAUGCUGACAGCACCUCACCUUUUCAUCCUUUUGGGCAAACGUUUAAGCUGUGUUUAUUAGGAUGCUUCGAGCCCACCGCUGGGAAGGGUGAGCCCAGACCUCUCCUCCUCAGUGAAAUCCUUCAGGGACUUCUCUUGAGAUCCGGUGUCUCCGCAGGCGGCGCUCACUGCAGAAUCCAUGCUUUCGCCAGGGUACUGCCUGUCCAGAGCCAAUACUUCAGCAUGACUGCAGGUGGCCAAAGGGUGUAUUGGAGGAGGACGUGAGAGUAGCGUUAGGCCUGCGGUACGUAGUACGCACUUCUCAAAGGCUCAUUUGUUGGGCGGGGGAGGGGGCUCUAGCCAGCGUUACUUUGGGGGGAAGAAUCCAUAAUGGUG